AUGCGAGAGUACAAAGUGGUGGUGCUGGGCUCGGGCGGAGUGGGCAAGUCGGCCCUCACCGUGCAGUUCGUGACGGGCUCCUUCAUCGAGAAGUACGACCCCACCAUCGAGGACUUCUACCGCAAGGAAAUCGAGGUGGACUCGUCGCCGUCCGUGCUGGAGAUCCUGGACACGGCGGGCACCGAGCAGUUCGCGUCCAUGCGGGACCUGUACAUCAAAAACGGCCAGGGCUUCAUUCUCGUCUACAGCCUAGUGAACCAGCAGAGCUUCCAGGACAUCAAGCCCAUGCGCGACCAGAUCAUCCGCGUCAAGAGGUACGAACGCGUGCCCAUGAUUCUGGUGGGCAACAAGGUGGACCUGGAGGGCGAGCGCGAGGUCUCCUUCGGGGAGGGCAAGGCCCUGGCCGAAGAGUGGAGUUGCCCCUUUCUCGAGACAUCGGCCAAAAAUAAAGCCUCGGUGGACGAGCUCUUCGCCGAGAUCGUCCGCCAGAUGAACUAUGCGGCUCAGCCCAACGGGGACGACCAGUGCUGCUCCUCCUGCGUGAUUCUCUGAGAAAAAGAAAGGGGGGAGGGCGGCUUCUUCCUUCGGGCUUGGGCUCUGCUUUGAAUUUUUAUUGGUUUCUUUUUUUUUUUUUUUUUAAAGAAAAAGGCGAAAGCAAACACCAUACUUCUUGCUCAAUGUGAUUUUAUUAUUAUUAUUUUAAGAUUGGAAACAACUUUGCAUCGUACAAGGUGUGUUCCAGGUGGGGGCUCGUGGCUAUUUCCACUGCAGCUGACGGGCCUCAGUGCUCAGUGUCAUGGGGUAGGGGGGUUGUCUUGUAUUUAACAUCUGAAACCUGGGUGGAAAUGUGGCGCUUUCCAAGCAUGUACAUUCCUCUCGUGGAUUUCUUUGAUCGUUGCCUGUUUUCCCACUUAAAGCAGCCGUUAGAGAGCUGUAUUGGCAACUUGACACCAGGCAAAAAAAAAAAAGGAAAAAAAGUUUCAAUCUGGGAGGGAAGGGGUGGUGGGAGCAGGAGGAGGAUGGGAGAGAAAAGGGCUUGUCAACAGCCCGAUUUCCAAUUCGAAGAUCUAAGUACCUGGAUGGGGGAAGGAAGUGCAGGAAAAGGCUGUGAAGAAUUGAAAAGAGAGGAAGAGACCCCGUUUCCAGGCAUGUGUGGAUGUGCUGGAAGCGAGGGCUUGGCUGCCGCCUUUGCCAGUCUGGGAGUGCAACCCUGGGACUGAUUAGGACUCUGAGGAUUUCUAUGCAAAGUUGGAUUAUUGUUACAGUGUAUCCAAUCUGAAGUAUUGCACAACUGAACUGGGACUGUUUACACUGAUGCCAAUACAGUGUGGGGUGCCAGAAAGUGUCUGCUGAUAUUUGUGGAAAAAAAAAAUCUAUUUUGUUUACCUACUGUAAGGGGAGUCUGGGGGAGAGCGGUAGAGUUUUGUUGUUUUUUUUUUUGUUUGUUUGUUUUUAAUCAGCUGUGAAAAAUAUUACAAAUCUGCACAUUUUUCCCCCAUGGGGUGGUUCAUUUUAUUUUGUUUGGGUUUAGGGUUUCCUUUUGGUUGGCAAUAACUGAUUUUGAUGACCAGAUCUUUAAAGUACAGUACAAAGACUUCCUCAAAUGUGAUUCAGGGCCAACAGCGACCCUGGGUCUAGAGUGCCUUCAAAACUCAGCUGUUCCAGCCGGUGCCAACCUGUGAAAGUUCCACAAAAUCCCAUUAUCUGCUAUGACUCCCCAAAGUACUUAACAGUUUCCUUUCAGUAAUCAUUCUGAGCAAGCCAGGACAAAAGGGCCUGUUGUUCAAGGAAUUUAUUUUGAUUUCUUUUGGAGCCUUUUACGUCUAAUUUCCAUGUCUUGCGAGUACUUCUGGCUUCAUCUUAUUUAAAUUUUCAGGUAUUUAGUGCCCUUUUCCCCUCCCUUCCCUUCCCCUUUAUUUUUUCUGUCGUAGGAUUUUCCUCCAGCCAAGAGCAAAAUUUUUAAUGUUGUGAUGUACCAAGAAGAUUCUAACUAAUUGUAAUUUUAAUUCCAGACCUACGUUUAAUGGUUGUCUAUUCAUUUAAAGACUUUUAAUACAAAUACCAUUUUUUAAAAAAAAUGCAAA